AUGGCGCCGCAAAACGCCCUCAUCGUCCGUCAAGCAGCAGGCCCAGACCACGCCGUUGUCCCCUACACAGCAGAAGACUUCUCGCGACCCGCGCAAGGACCAGCGAAUCCAUUCAAAGACGAAGUCAACUCAUUAAAACGCAAGAACGUCCUCACAGGAUAUGCGGAAGAGACAGAGCAUCGGGGCGGCGUGGCGGAGAAGCAGGAGGCGGCGCGGAUACGGGCGAAGAGACAGAAGAAGGGGGAUGCUACCGUUGCGGAGGGGGAUAAUGCUUAUGUGGGGCCUUGGGCGAAGUAUAAAGCCGUGGAGUAUGAGGAUCGCGAGGAUGAUGGGGAGGAGUUAGCGAGCGAUGAGGAGUAUGAAGAAGUUGAGGAAGAGGAAGAGGUUAUUGAGAGUGGCGCGGUUGUACCGGCUAUGCCACAAGCUCUGGCGAAACGGAAAGAAGCUGAGGAGUUGGGUGCUGAGACGAGUGUUUUUGAGGGGAGCGAACAGUACGAUUAUCAGGGGCGGACGUACAUGCAUAUACCUCAAGAUCUGGAUAUUGAUCUGAGGAGAGAGCCAGGGACGGCGAAGAACUAUGUGCCAAAGAAGAUGGUGCAUGUUUGGAAGAGCCAUACGAAACCGAUUAUUGGUUUGCGGUUCUUUCCUGGAUCGGGGCAUCUUAUGCUUUCUGGCAGUGCGGAUACGACGGUCAAGAUCUGGGAUGUUUAUCAUCAGAAGGAGCUAUUACGAACAUAUUCUGGGCAUAAUAAGGCGUUGUCAGAUGUCACAUUCAAUACCUCUGGCACACAAUUCUUGUCGGCGUCAUACGACCGUAUGAUGAAGCUCUGGGACACAGAAACGGGACAGUGUAUAAAUCGCUUUACGACCGGCAAAACACCUCACGUUGUCAGGUUCAACCCAGAUCCAGAGCAUUCCAACGAGUUCCUUGCUGGUAUGUCAGACAAGAAGAUCAUCCAAUUUGAUAUCCGAACUCGAGAGAUCGUUCAAGAAUACGAUCACCAUCUCGCGGCUAUUAACACCAUCACAUUCGUCGACGAGAAUCGCCGCUUCAUGACAACCUCUGACGACAAAUCAUUACGAGCAUGGGACUACAAUAUCCCAGUCCCCAUCAAAUACAUCGCAGAACCACACAUGUACCCCAUGACGCGGGCCUCCGCUCACCCAUCAGGGAAAUACGUCGCCUACCAAUCCUCAGACAACAACAUCUUCGUCUACGGCGCGAACGACAAGUUCCGCCAGAAUAGGAAGAAAGUUUUCAAAGGCCACAACAACGCCGGAUACGCGAUCGACGUGGCCUGUAGUCCGGACGGCCAAUUUGUGGCUAGUGGAGAUAGCGGUGGAUAUGUGUGCUUCUGGGACUGGAAGACGUGUAAGAUGUGGCAUAAGAUGCAAGCGAGCGAAGGCGCGGUUACGUGUGUGGAGUGGCAUCCGCAGGAGACGAGCAAGGUCGUUACUGCGGGUCUGGAUGGUGCUAUUAAGUACUGGGAUUAAGAGGGUCAUUAUCGGAGUUUUGGUUGGGAAUGAUUCUCCUGUACGGAGACGGAACGAAGGCGAGGUCAAAAGAAAUGGAAUGUAUAUCAGUGUCAUCACCAACGAUCGAAC